CUCUUUUACAGUUUUCAUUGUUUUCAUUUAUGUGAUUUCUCAUUGGAAUGUUUGAAUCUCUUCCUCUUUUCCUUUUUUCUUUUUGGUUUUUAAAUUUCAUAACUUUAUCAUUCUUCUAGCAGCCGGCCUCGCUAUUAAUCUGGGUUUGAGAUUUAGAAAGUAUGUUAGGUUUGUAAAAGAAAUUGCAAGCGAUUGGACCAAGUGUUUUUUAUUCAAAGAAGCUAAGGGAGCUUAAAGAUGCAAGAUGGAAGAGGAUGAACUCCAGUUUAAUAGCAAGAAUGGAGAAUGUAAUGAUGAGAAGGAAAAGAGUAGGAAACGUGGGAAGAAGCAAAAAUUUGUAAAAGAUGCUGCUGAGGCUGUAGAAAAGCUAAAUCAUAUGAAGAAUCCUCAAGAGGAGGAAAAUCGAUUAUCCAAUGAUGGAAGAGAAGGAGAUAGGAAAACUAAAAAGAAAAAGUACCCGUUGAAGGAAAAUUUUAAAACUGCAGAGGAAGAAGAGAUGAAUCGGGAGAGUGCACCAAAUGGGUGUGGUGAUGGUUUGGCUGAGAGUAAGAAGGAUAAAAAGAAACGAUAUUCAGAGGAAGCUGAUGAGGGUGAGGAAGCACAAGAGGGCAUUAAAACAAUCAGUGUGGAAGAGGGGAUUUUGCAGUUCAGUGAUGGGAAAGCAGAAAUCAGGAAGAACAAAAGGAAGAAACGGCUUCUAAAGGAAGCAGCUAAGGCUGUAAAACGUGGGGUUUGCUACUUGAGUCGCAUUCCUCCUCACAUGAAUCAUUUGCAGCUUCGGCAUAUUCUUUCUCAAUAUGGAGAUAUACAAAGGAUUUAUCUUACUCCUGAAAGAGAAAAUGCUGCUGCUCAAGUACGUCGCAAGCGGAAAGAAUUUUCAGAAGGAUGGGUUGAAUUUUCGGAUAAAGGGGUUGCUAAGCGGGUUGCUAAUAUGCUAAAUGGUGAACAAAUAGGCGGGAAGAAGAGGUCAUCAUUUUAUUACGAUAUUUGGAAUAUCAAGUACCUAAGUAAAUUCAAGUGGGAUAAUCUUACUGAAGAGAUUGCUUACAAAAAUGCUAUUAGGGAGCAAAAAUUGGCUUUAGAAAUUUCUGCUGCUAAAAAGGAAAGGGACUUCUAUCUCUCCAAAGUUGAUAAGUCCCGUGCCUUGAGUGCCAUAGAAGAAAGACUGAAGAAGAAGCAAAAGCACCAACAAGAUUCAGGAACAGGUUCCGAUCUCCCAGUAGGCCAACAGUUAUCAAAGGUAGUUCGACAAUUCCCACAAACGCGACCUAUUGCAGACAUAGCUGCACAUAGCAAACCUCAACUUUCUAAAGAUAUCUUAUCUGGGGUAUUUGGUGGCCUUCAAUGAUUCAAGGGAUUAUUAUACUUGAAGACCGAGUACAAAAGAUGUUAUGCGGGUGUCUGUAAUUUGAAUUAGUGAGAUUAGGGAAACUCACUACCCAGUUUUGUGAACUAAAAAUUCCAAAAGGAUAGUGACCUAGUGACCGUUGUACUUGAAUUUAUUUAAUGAAUCACCUUUUCAGAGAAGUUUGUUUAUGGGGAUAAAAACAAUGUGGUUACUGUUU